GUCUAUUGAGAUGGCAGGAUAUCACACAAUUACCCUGUUUGUACCCGCCCCCGCCGCGGCGUGGCUUGCCCAUUUCUACGGUCUGCUCACGAAGGUCGCUGAUCGCUACGAUCUUAUUGACGUGCCGGAUGGGGAUUGGCACGGCUGGCGUACUAUCAUGUACUUCAGCACUCACCAUCACGACAUGAUGGACGUGUACAUAUGCUAUGGCACACCCCGAGACUUUUUAACGAGCUACCGUCACGCUCGUGGCUAUCAUCGUCUGGGUUACAUGUCGAUAUAUUCCAUGCUCCACUUCCACUAUGGCAUAUUCCGGAAGGGGCACACCGAGGUCUUGGCCUAUAGCGAGGACAUGCACGACGACCGUGUAUCGGAUCUUUACGUGCGCGUUCCUGCCAUUGCCGCUGACCUUUACGCUGUCGCCCCCAGCGACUGCUCUAUCGAGCGCGUUUGGGAGAACGACCUGCGCUUUGUACGGCCGACGGACAUGUCGCGCGUCCUCUAUCACAUGCCGUCGCUCCAGGACUUCACGAUGCCCAUGCUACAGCCCCGCGUCCUCAACCCUAUCGUUGAAGACUAUCAGGUGCAGCACUUGCAAGCCGUUGUCUCCGAGGAGCCAUACGAGCGCAUCUUCCGCUUCGCGUCCUAUGUCCGCACGCACUAUUACAACACGGACCACGUCGAUGGAGGGACUAUUACCAGUCCCAGCGGGCAGCAGAGAGAUACGCUGCUCAACAUCUGCGAGCGGCUGCACGGCGCUAUCUCCACGGAG